ACAAAUUUACGAGUUAAAGGGUCAAAAGAAGCUCGUCUUUGGGCAGCGAAAGUAUUCAUGUACGAAAUUUCACCUGAUGACUGUAGAGAAAAAUUGAAAAUGGAAUGGCCAGUUGAGUGCCCACUAAAAAUUCUCGACUCAAAAGUUUCUACAUCGAGUAUUUAUGAGACUGAUAUACCAGACAAAAUGACCAAUGAAAUAGAAGAAACUUCUAAUUUUGGUCAUUCUUCAGCCAAAAAUUAUAUUCAUUUAAACGAUGCGCUACCAAAAAAAUCACCUACAUUGAAUACAGCUCGUGAAUCUGAUUCUAAAUUAAUUGGUACCGAUGAUUUUUGGGACGACAAUGAUUGCACGAUCUAUGAAAGAUUCAUAAAUGAUCAGGGUGAAACACAAUAUUUGUUAAAGCGUUCACAAUCGGCGUUGGAUUUAACGGCUACUCCCGAGAUAUCUACUGCUUUGACAGCAAAUAAAUCCUUAAGUUUGGAUCGACUCAACAGGCUGUUAUUCUCACGUCGAGAUCAGUUUCGGAAGCAAUUGCAAAGUUUAAUUGAAAGUCGAUUCUACGAAAGUUUAACAGAUUGCUCGAUUAAUAGCCAGUCGAGAACAAGCAUGCAAGAUUUGCGCACGAAAGCAGGCAUGCUUAGAAUGUCGCAAAUAUAUAUUCCUUGUAAAGAAAGUGGUAGAUAUUAUCAUCAACAAAAUCUACCACAGGGAAAGCCACCAACAUCACUAUCUACUGAUAUUUUCACCGAUAAAUCAACAAAAAUAUCACAGUUUAGUAAUGAAGAUCAGGCGCAAUUUUUUUACCAUUUUUGA